CGGGAUCAGCUGAUGGGAACUGAGUCACCACUUCCCGGAGAGCAGCACCGAGAGAAGCUCACACCGCCGAUCAGCUCUGAUACCGAGAGCCUCACCUGAGCGCGAGCCCGCGGCUGAACAGACUCUCGUCCUCAGAGCGAGUCCACGGUCGCGGUCCGGUCCAGAGAGCUGACAUGGCUGUCGCAGGCGGAGCAUCCUCCUCUGUCCUCGUGUCUUCGGCAAAGGAAACGGCGGCGCUGAAGGUGAACCCGGCUGACGUCCCCGCCCUGGAGAUCAAACUAGGAGCGCUGGUGGUCCUGCUGUCCGUCACGCUGCUGUUCGGAUUUGCCCCACUCUGCAUCGUCCGAGGGGCGGGGCGCUUCAGCGUGCAGCCAGAUUUACGGCGCCUGCUGCUGAGCUUGAUCAGCUGUUUUGCUGGAGGCGUGUUCUUCGCCACCUGCCUGCUGGACCUGCUGCCCGACUACCUGCAGAGCAUCAACGAGGCCUUCAGCAGCGCCGGGAUUAAGCUGCAGUUCCCCCUGCCCGAGUUCAUCGUGGCCAUGGGCUUCUUCCUGGUCCUGGUCCUGGAGCAGAUCAUCCUGGCCUUCAAGGACCAGACGUCGCCGUCCCCGGAGGAACGGCGCUCUCUGCUGGUGGACUCCAGCAUUCAAUCCAACGAUCACCGCCGCCGGGGCUCAGCGGACUCGGACGGUCACUUCCACGUGGACUUUGGCUCUCAGUCCGCCCUGCGCGCCUUCAUCCUGGUCUUCUCGCUGUCGCUGCACUCGGUGUUCGAGGGGCUGGCGGUGGGGCUGCUGGAGGAGGGGCAGGAGGUGCUGGAGAUCUGCCUCGCCCUGAUGAUCCACAAGAGCAUCAUCUCCUUCAGCCUGACCGUGAAGCUGUGUCAGGCCCGGCUGCGUCGCUCCGUGGUGGUCGGCUGCCUGCUGCUGUUCGCCGUCAUGUCGCCGCUGGGCGUCGGCCUGGGCGUCGGCCUCACCGAGACCAAGACGUCGCUGGGGCACCAGCUGGCCCGCUGCACGCUGGAGGGGCUGGCGGCGGGAACCUUCAUCUACAUCACCUUCAUGGAGAUCCUACCGCACGAGCUCGCCGCCGGCAGGAACCGCAUCGCCAAGGUGGCCGUGCUGCUGGUGGGCUUUGCCGUGGUGACCGCCGUGCUGUUCAUAAAACUGUAGAGGCAGACGGCGAGAGGGCGAGCUCCGUGUGCGACUUCAGAGGCGUCGCAUGGUUCAGAGCUUCAUUAGGAACACGUUUUUAAUUUCUUUGACGUUAACGAGAGACGAAGACUUAAGCCAAAGAGAAACGACGCGAGAGCGCCAGGGGGAGGAGCAGAACAACCCCGCAAACCUGAUCCGUUAAAGUUUGGCUCGUGUCCUCCUUCGAGGUCUCCUCUGACCGCCUGCAGGGUUUGACAGAAACCCACCAAUCAGACAAACUCCCGUGAGCCGCACCUGGUGACAGCGGGGAGCGAGGACUCCCUUUUAACAGGAAGAAACCUCCGACAGGCUCAGGGAGGCGGGAUGAAGCUAAGGAGCCGCAGCAGGUCAUCGAACACCCAGGGAGUGAAGAAGUGCAUCAUGGGAAGCAGGCUGGCCUGCUGCGGCGCUACCUCAGAGUUCAGGGUGCAGUGGGAGAGCAGCCAUAUUUGAUGGCUAAUAGAGGCGUGACGGCAGGUCGUCGACCCGUUCGAACUUCCUGUUUGGCAGCUUUUAUUGGAGGUUCCACGUGGAGACGCUUUGGCUGUUUAGUUACAUCAAAGAAACGACCGAUGGAGCAAAGACCAUGAUCACAUGACCGACACUCCGACCUCCUCGUGAACAAAAUCCCGAGGAAGGCCUGAAGUGAUCGACCAACCACAAACCUCUGAUGUGCUCGCCUCAGAGGAGCGUCCCGGAGCUGCGGGUGAUUUCAGUUUUUAGGACUAACGUGUUGCUAAACGAGGAUUUCCCAGCUGACGUUUGGAAAACGUUUGGAGGCGUCGGAGCCGGAGGAGAGUAUGUUUUUAGUGCAGAGCUCUAUUUUAACUGACAGCAGGAUUCAAACACUUGUUUUUUGUAAUAAACGUAUUUUUAAACAUGUAAAUUUACUGUA